UCGAUUGAACUGUAUCGUACGGUCAAACGUGCACCCAUUUCUGAGUUCGUCUCCAUCCCCAAAUGCUCGUUGUUUCAUACCGCUCUAUAAAGACAUUACCUCAAUUUCAGAGCUUCUUAUCGUCAUAUCCACUGAUCCAAAUCUGUUUUCCUGUAAUCUUUGCAACUGCCUUUGAUUAUCCGGCGACCAGGGUCAAGUUCCGAUGGAUUCUAGCGCUAAGUUAAAGAAGGGAGCAGGUGGAAGAAAGGGCGGCGGUCCGAAGAAGAAGCCAGUUUCCCGCUCCGUUAAGGCCGGUCUCCAGUUCCCCGUCGGUAGAAUUGGUCGGUACUUGAAGAAUGGCCGGUAUGCUCGACGUGUCGGUACCGGAGCUCCGGUCUACUUGGCAGCCGUUCUUGAGUAUCUCGCCGCCGAGGUGUUGGAAUUGGCUGGAAAUGCAGCCCGAGACAACAAGAAGAACAGAAUAAUUCCUAGGCAUGUAUUGUUGGCCAUAAGAAACGAUGAAGAGCUUGGGAAAUUGCUAGCCGGCGUAACGAUUGCACAUGGUGGUGUUCUUCCAAACAUAAACCCAGUUCUGUUGCCUAAGAAGAGUGAAAAAGCAGCCACUAAAGAACCUAAAUCUCCAUCAAAGGCCUCUAAGGCUACAAAAUCCCCAAAAAAGGCUUAGGGUUUUUUGUUCAUCUGAAAAUCUUUGACUUGUUCUUUGCCCAUUUGUAUGUACUUUGUUGGCUUUUUAGAGUCGUCUUCUGUGUUGUUUAUUAAUGUAAGCUCAAACCUGAUCAAUUUGAACACUCUGUAUCACUCCCAUCAUCAUCUUAAUGAUCAAUCCUUGUACUGGUUAUAUGAUUGUUUAGCCA